UCCCAUCGUACAAUCAAACAAAAGCAUUUGAAACAAACGAAAAUUUAGAACGACGGUUCUUGAAAUAUUCAACUGAGUCAAUUAAUCGAGAUUUUGGAAGUCGAUUAAGAACAAAGAAAUAAUUGCCACGAGUUCACUCGAGCUCAUCUCAUCAUUAUUCAUAUCGAAUUUAAGAAAUUUAAUAUAAUAAAAAAAGAAAAUAAGAUACCUUUAACCUAUCGUACUAUUCUAAUAACCACCCUUUGAAAAACUCCAAAAAUGAUUUAAUGUAUGCGAAGAAUGAACUAUGAACGAAUGUAUGUACGUACAUUCGUGUUCGUACAUAUAUACACACAGGCGAUAUGUAUAUAGUAGUAUGUAACGUGUUUCCUGUGGUUCCACGUAUUCGAACAAACCAAGCGACGUAUGGAAAUCCAGAUAAAAACUUCCAACCAUUAAAUAUGACGUAUACUGAGAGUUACAUAAAAAGUAAAUUAACCGAAGGAUUGAACGCCUCGCAUGUGGUAGCUAGACGCUACGUCUGAGAUCUACCUACUCGUUAGUCGCAAAUGAACUUGAUAUAUAAAUUACCGAAGGGCCGACACCGAUUUCCGAUCAGAAAUGCAAGGGACCACAGAAAUCGUAUUAGUUUCCGUAUUUGCGCUCCUCUUAAGAUGGUCCGUCACGUACCACUCGUACAGCGGCCAGGGGAAGCCUCCGAUGUUCGGAGAUUACGAGGCGCAGCGACAUUGGCAAGAAAUCACGUUGAAUGUCCCGAUCGAGAAAUGGUACAUCAAUACUACAGACAAUGAUUUACAGUAUUGGGGCUUAGAUUAUCCACCACUGACAGCUUAUCAUAGUUUCGCGUUAGGCUAUAUAGCUAACAAGAUUAAUUCUUCUUAUGUGAAAUUACACGAAUCCAGAGGAUUCUCAUCGGACGAUCAUAAAUACUUCAUGAGGCUCACUGUUCUCUGUGUAGACAUCUUGAUUUAUAUACCAUCGAUUAUAUACUUUGUAUUGACUAAUCAAGGAAACGAGAAAGAAGAUGCACUCGAUAUAUUCGGUUUUCAAAAGAAACACAUCAAUCUUUCGAUAAUGUUAAUCUAUCCAGGAUUAAUCUUAAUAGAUCAUGGACACUUUCAAUAUAAUUCAUUCUCGUUAGGGCUGUUUGUUUGCGCUGUAGCAGCCAUGCUCCAGGACUCGUUCAUCGCUGGGUCGGUUUUAUUUGUUACAGCGUUGAACUACAAGCAAAUGGAACUUUAUCACGCACUGCCAAUUUUCUUUUAUAUACUUGGAAAGUAUUUGCCUGUGAGAAAGAGAUUCUCGUUGUUCAAUUUAGUAAUGUUACUGUCUAUAUCGCUCGCAGUAGUUUCCACGUUCUUCAUUAUAUGGUUGCCGUUUAUUAAAGACUUGGAAACAUUCGCCAGCGUUGUUUUUCGAUUAUUUCCGGUCGCCAGGGGCGUGUUCGAGGAUAAAGUUGCCAAUAUCUGGUGCACGGUCAAUGUGAUUUAUAAGUUACGCGACGCUUUCUCAAACAAGCAAUUAGCUAAGAUCUGUUUAGCCGCGACGACGUUUGCCGCUUUACCGAGUUGUCUAAAUCUGUACUUGAAUCCGCAAAAGAAGAGGUUCAUCAUUUCCCUUAUAAACUGUUCGCUAGCAUUCUUCCUGUUCUCGUAUCAAGUUCACGAAAAAUCAAUUCUACUUGUCGCAAUUCCAGUUUUAUUACAUUUCCAGAACAAUCCGUUCCCCUGUUUCUGGUUUCUGAUAAUCUCGCAUUUUAGCAUGCUACCUUUGUAUAUAAAAGACAAUCUGUACUUGGCGUAUUGGGCCACAUCGAUCUUCUAUUUCUUUUUCGUUAUAUGGGUGUAUCCCGACGUUUUCGAUAGUACAUCGUCGACUAAUGCCAAUUCGAAGAAGCAGGCACGCGACGCGAAUUACGUUUAUCAAAAACGAAUUAAAACGAAGCUACAGAACAACAAAUUGAAAAAAGAGAUAUUCUGUUACAAAAAUUAUUUUCUACCGUCAAAUUACAAUCUGUAUCUUUGGAAAACGAUCCUAUUUUAUUGCUCAAUUCUGGGAGUGGUAAUACUCUCUUUGAUCAGCGGUUUCUUAAAACCUCCGGCAAAAUAUCCAGAUCUAUUUCCAUUGUUAAUAUCUGUGUAUUCUUGUGGACAUUUUAUUGUCUUUUAUUUAUACUUUAAUUACAAACAAUUUGUGUGUAAAUUAUAAAUUUAAAAUAAACCAGAGGAAAAACGUAUUUUUGUCAUUACUUAUUACCAAGUUCCUUGAUAUCGAGAGCUAACGUUGUAGACAAUCAAAUAUCGACUUUUCAAAUGAAAGUAA